AGGACAGGUGAGAGGUGACAGGUUGAGAGGUCGCUUUAGCGUAGCAGCAUGACAGUUGCUGCUACAACGUUAGCUUCAGUUUUACUGAUCGUAUACCGAAUCAAACGAGACUGAACUAUAGUCACCAGUCCCGGGUAAACUUUUGCGGAAUAUAAGAAGCCUGUUGAGUGGUAAUGCGUUCGUCGGUGGACAUUUUUAUUUUUGCUUAAUCACUAAAGUUAUCCUCUGCUAAGCUAAUGAGCGUUAGGAGUUGCUAUGUCACAGCCGAGUGUUUGGACUCGGAGCUAACGCGAAUAAACUAACAAAGCUGUGAUUCUUUUGGAAACUGUCAAGAUGGCCGUGUCGGUGCGGGGCCUGUACUUUAUGGUGACCCUGUUUUUGGGAAGUUUCUUUGGAAGCAUCUUCAUGCUGGGUCCAGUUUUGCCACUCAUGCUGGUCUCUCCUGCUUGGUACCGCUGGAUCACCGAUCGCAUUGUGGCUACGUGGCUGACGCUACCUGUGUCCUUACUAGAGCUGGUGUUUGGUGUGAAGGUUGUGAUCACGGGUGAUGGUUUCAUCCCAGGGGAGCGCAGUGUGAUAAUCAUGAACCACCGAACACGCCUGGACUGGAUGUUCCUCUGGUGUUGUUUGCUCAGGUACAGCUACCUGCGUCUGGAGAAGAUCUGCCUCAAAGCCAUUCUCAAGGCGGUGCCUGGAUUUGGCUGGGCAAUGCAGGUGGCCUGCUUUGUCUUUAUUCAUCGUCGAUGGGAAGAGGACAAGAAACACUUGGAGAACAUGCUGGACUACUUCUGUGACAUCAGAGAGCCACUGCAGCUGCUGCUGUUCCCCGAGGGCACAGACCUAACUGAAAACACGAGAGCAAAGAGCAACGCCUUUGCAGAGAAGAACAACCUGCCAAAGUUGGAGUAUGUGCUGCAUCCCAGAACGACUGGAUUCACCUUCAUCGUUGACAAACUGCGGCAAGGAGACAAUCUGGAUGCUGUCCAUGACAUCACAGUGGCUUAUCCCAAGAACAUCCCUCAGACUGAACGCCACCUCAUCCUGGGCUUGUUCCCCCGAGAGAUCCACUUCCACGUACGGCGCUACCCAGUUUCUUCUCUCCCCUCAUCCGAAGGCCUACAGUCGUGGUGUCAAGAGCGCUGGGCUGACAAGGAGAUCCGUCUCCGUGACUUCUACUCGGGACAGCCCCGAGGUUUCGACAGAGAUGGCAUCGCCCGCGUGCCCCCGUGUAAAACCGAGCUGCGCGUGGCUCUGAUCAAAGCAGCCUCGCUAGUGUACUGGACCUGCUUUAUCGCUCUGUGCUUCACAGGCCUGUGGCUCUGGACACCAUUCAGGAUCUACUUCCUGGUCAUGGUCGUAGUCUUUGUGGCCCAGCAGAAGUUGUUUGGAGGGAUGGAGCUGCUGGAGAUGGCCUGCCAUAAAUAUUGGAAACCCUCGGCUGCCAGUGAUGGAGCCAGGAAAAAGGAGAUGGAUGGGAAGACACAGUGAGGUGGGGAUGGAGGACAGGAAGGAUUGGACACUGAAGGAGGACUCCUGUUCAGUCCAAAGGGCUAGAGCCAGGAAUCAAGCCUUAGAAAGGGUGUAAAUACAUACACUCCUUACUUAAAAAAAGGGGGGGGAGGUGUUGCUCAUCCAUGUGUUGAGCUAAGCGCAUCAUCAACACAUGGUGUCUCUCCACCCUCUGUAAUCACUCAGCUUACUGUCAGUACUUUUUUGACCUGUUUUAAGUUACCUGUGUUUUUGUCCUUUGACAACCUCAAGCUGUUGAUAUCCUUUCCCUGCUGUCGCCACGUCCUCUGACUUGGUUUUUAUAUAGUUUCUUAUUGUGUUGUGGGUUUUAACAUGUUUCUCAUUUAUCAUGGAGCAGAGCCAUAGAGCAGACCAAAUGUUUCUUUGUGAUGAGUUGACACUAAAUGAGCUUUCAGUUGUUGCCAUCAGUUUGAAUGAUGCUUUUUAUCAGGAGGUUAUUCAGCUCAGGAGAAAACGGAUGAAAAAGCCCUCUCACACCAAAAAAAAGAUUGGUCUGGGUUUUUUUUUUUUUUUUUUUUUUAUGUAGACCAAACAGAAAGCCCCCAUCUCGUGCACAUGCAUCAUAAACACAUGCAGAGUACCACACAUACACACACACACACACAGACACAGAGUCUCUCUCGCUCUCACCUUUACUGUAUGUACCUCUUGAGUACGUUCUUGCUAGCUGUAGAUUCAGGACUAUUUGACUUUGAUUUGUGGCCUCUGUUGAUAUACGGGGAAUUCUCCUGGUAAUUCCAGGAGACCGAGGAUAUUUGAUUUGUAUUGCUUUCCUUUGCAGCAAUGCGUAUACCAAAAUGGUGAUGCAAGUUUUUAUUUGAAUCACAUGUGUGAUUAGCUUUUCCUCCAGUGAGAACUUUAAUCAUUUGCUGGUGCCAUGUAUACAAUAAGUGAUGUACGUGUGAAUCCUCCGUCACUUUCACAGAUUUAGUAGUCUUAAGAAGAGAAAGGCUUUGUAAUAAUUCCAAGAGAAUUAUCAGUGUGUGUACAGUUACAUGUACUACCAAUUGCAUGGUCUGGGUAUUUGAUACUGGUUGGUGAAUGUAGUUUUCCAAGGAUAAUAUUUUAUCCUCAGUUUGUGGCGUGAUUAAACAAUAGCUAAAUAUAGUUUUGUAAGGAAGAAGAUAAUUGCACUGAGACAACACUAGGACUGAUUCAGAAGAUGUGACU